UAGAUGGCUCGCUCGGGGCCCAGUUGAUGCAGCAAAAAGCUAUCGCGGUUUCAUCUCUCGAGGCAUGCGUUUUAGGCCUAAACGCUUGGAUAGAAUGACACAAAAUAGUGGAGUAAUGGUAACUGCAAAAACAUCUACUUAUGCCAGAGCAGGUGAUGCAAAUCCAGUUCUAGAUGAUGUGACGUACUACGGGAGAAUAAUUGAUAUUAUCGAGCUAAACUACUCCGGACAGUUUCCAGUUGUGUUGUUUAAAUGUGAGUGGAUUGAUGUUUUUUCUGAAAAUGGAAUUCAAAAGGAUAAGUACGGCUACACAGUUGUGAACUUCUCACAUCUGAUACACAGCGGAGACAAUAUCGAGCAUGAGCCCUUUAUUUUCCCUAAUCAAGCUGAGCAAGUGUUUUAUGUGGAUGAUGAAACGAAGCCUGGUUGGUCUGUUGUAAUGAAGCCACCAAAACCUAGAAGUCUCUAUGAUACUGGCAAUGAGGAAUAUGCAGAGGACACAGAGCCCUUCCAUGUCUCGCACCUUGCGAAGAUGUUCAAAAAUAAAAGGCAUGACAAACAUUGGGUAAGGACUGACAUUGAAGGAACAGAAGUGGAUGAUAACACCAAUGCUCCGAGCAAUGAAGAAUUAGCAACCAGGUGUUUUUCAGGUUGUGCCUACCUGACAAAUUUGCAUGUGGAGAUUAGAAGGAUAUUUCUGAACUGGCGCAUGAAGCUAUGGCUAACAAUCCUGGUCCUAGGACAAGACAGGCAGGAGGGCUGUCUGUUCCGUGAAACCAAAUGGGGCUCCAAGAUAGCACAUACGGCGUGCAAGCAAGCU